GGGAGGGAGGGGGAAAGAGCGCUGAAUUCUCUCACACUCACGAGAGCAACGGUCCACUAAUCUCUCAGAAGUCCUCAUACGCGAGCCUCAGCUUUAGUGGGAUACGUGGUUCGCAGAGGUUUACGGAAUCUACCUUUUCAAUUCAAGUCAUUUUUUUGCUUUGCUUCCCCCAAAGGCGUGUUUAUCCUCUUCCAUGUAAUCACUCCCGAAAAUCUAUCUUUGCUUGUUGUUGUGGAGUAGCUACCAGUGUCGGAACGGGACUCCAAUCUCUCUUUGCAAAGUGCAUUUACUUUCUUGGAUCUACAGUUCAUCGGUCGCCGAGACAAUGAUGGUUGGAAGGAAAUCCUGUCGAAGGCAGUUACAGGCUGCCCUUUUCAGACUACUGUGUCUUAUUCCAACAGGGCUCCCUGUCCGAAGUGUGGAUAUGCAGCGAACCACCGACAACAUCACCAUUCGCCAGGGUGAUACAGCAGUUAUAAGAUGCUUCGUGGACGACAAGGUGUCAAAGGUAGCUUGGCUAAACCGCUCCAACAUCAUCUUCGCCGGGGAGGACAAGUGGUCACUCGACCCGAGGGUGGACCUGGUCACCAAAGGCCAGCUGGAAUACAGCCUGCGGAUCCAGAAGGUGGACGUGUACGAUGAGGGGCCCUACACCUGCUCCAUCCAGACCAAACAGCAGCCCAAGACCUCCCAAGUCUAUCUCAUUGUCCAAGUUCCCGCAAAUAUUUACAAAGUUUCAGAAGACAUCACUGUCAACGAGGGCAGCAAUGUGACAUUGAGUUGUCUAGCCAAUGGGAGGCCAGAUCCAUCAAUCACCUGGAGACUGCUCAAUCCAUCAGCUGAGCCUCUGGAGGGGGAAGAGUACCUGGAUAUAAACGGAAUCAUGAGGACCCAGGCCGGCAGAUACGAGUGCAAAGCGAGCAAUGACGUGGCCACCCCGGACGUCAAAUACGUCAACGUUGUCGUCAACUAUCCUCCCUUCAUCAAAGAUGCAAAGAGCUCUGAAACUCAAGUGGGACGCCUGGGUGUUCUGCAGUGUGACGCUUCAGCGGUGCCCAAGCCAGAGUUCGAGUGGUACAGAGAUGACAAAAGACUAUCCAACGCCCAAGGCAUCAGCAUCCAGAUCUUUGGGACCCGUACUCUCCUGCUGGUAUCCAACGUGACAGAAGAUGACUACGGAAACUACACAUGCGUGGCAUCCAAUAGACUGGGGAUUCAUAGUGCCAGCCUGUUCCUAUACAAGCUCGACUUACCCACUAUCAGAUAUCCUACCAGAGAACCAGGCACAGGAAGGGACAUAAAUGGCUCCGCAUGCCUCACCCAGUCACUGUGGCUUCUACUGGCCUCCAUCACCUGCCUUUUCUUCAAGUGUUAAUAAUACUACAAAGCCCCAUCAAAAUUACAACUAAAUUACAUUGAGACUGUUUGUAUAAUGUAACAACAACCUGAUGCGCAGUGGCGCAAAAAAAAAGUAUAAAAAAAGCAAGAAUGAGCUAUUAAAGUGUUUAGUUAAAUACAAAAUGGAAGACAAGUUACUUAAGGAACAAACAGUGCCGUUUAUAAGGUUCAUUUAUUGCGAUCUUUUUACUUUGCUGAAAUUUUGCUAACUGCUGUCGGUAUUUUUGUUUUGCUUUUCAUUUUGUUUGUUCAUGGUGGGGGGUGUUGGGAAUGUUUGGAAGGCAUGCCAUCAAGACAAUUAAAACUGAUGUGAUGACAACUAAAGUCAACUCAGAUAUGGCAGGGAUUUCAAGUCAAGUACAGCAGUCAUGGACAACGGCAGCUGGAGAUAACUGGAUAUUCUUUUUAAAUUGAAGGGAAUUAUUUUGACUUAUGUUUAUUUUUAUGAUUAAAUUGUAGAUUUGCAAGGCUUACAAGCUUAUUUUACUGUGGGUUAUAUUAAUGAAUUAAGUUCUGUAAAAUCUAAACAAAAAUGUUAUCAUAACUAGUGCAUCAUGAAACAAUAAAACCAUGGCUGCCAAAUGUAAGUAGCAAAAUGAAAUAGGUAAGAAACCAAUAAAAACAAGCAUAUUAUAACUGUUAUGUAAGGAAAGAGUGAAAAUUGAAAACUCAAGCAAAAUCUCUGUGGAACUUGUAGAUGAGUUAAAAAAAAAUAAUGAAGGGUUAGACUUGCAUAUUGAUGUUAACAUCGAAAUUAAAAAUAAAAAGGUGUAAAUAUUGUCAAAUAUAUUUCACUGACACUGCUUGUUGUCCCUCAGUUCUGAAUAGCCUCAUUAUCAGAAGCAACAAGUUCUUGAUAAUAGCUGAUAUUGAGUGGCCGAGGAUGUACAAACACGUUACAAUGGCACGAGAGUAGUUUGAUGAGGCAUUUGGUACUUGCCUUCAAGUGCUUACAGUAGCUUGUUGCGUCAUUAACAGAGGGACUUCUUGUGAGUGAAGACUUACAAAGCAAAAAUACUGUACAUAAAAAAAUUUUGUAUUUUUCUUUAAGAAAAACACCUGUUGAUUUAACUAUAACAACAAUAACCGUAAUCAUAAUUACAUAACAUACAUCAUGUAGCUUGUAAGAUCAAACAAAAAAAAAAUGUUAAAUGUAGGCUGAGCAGUUUCCCUAUGGCAAGCUGUAUUUAGCUUCAGAAAUUGCCUGCCAUAUUUGCUUUUGUGCCACCAACUUCUUGCAUUUCAUUUUGUAUAUGAAUUACCACGAGGUUGUAUAGCUGGAACCUGGGUAAAAAUGUAUGACGCCAAUGAAUGAAAAAGUUUGUUUUCAUUUUGUUUUGUUCUAUUUUAAUCUAAGG